AUCCUUUUCCUUCUUCUCUCUCCACGGCUCUUCUCCAGAUUUUCUUCUCUUCCCUUUAUUCUUCUCUUCAGUACUCAUCCUCAGAUUCUUAUGUAUUACUUUUUCUCUUUACACGAUCUUCUUCUUCAGCGAGUUCGACUGCGUUUUUUUUUUUCCCUCUUGUUCAUCAGUUCCUCUUCCCUUUAUUCCUUAAUUCCUCUCCUCUCUUGCUGGAAGCAGCCUCCAAACCCAACCCGGAUCGAAAACUGGUUGAGGUUCCAGACUUAAACAGUUAAGUCAUCGUCUUCGAGAUCUCCCAACUCUCAGAGCGACGCCUCAAACCUCUCCGUCUCUCACAUAUGCUUCACUACUCUUAUUCUCACUCCCACCGCCUCCUCUCUCACAUCUGUGUUUCAAAGCCAAAGAUCUCAAUGCGUAGAGGAUGAGAGCGCGAUGGAGAAUUGGGAUCUGCACAUCCUUUUUUUUUUUUUUUUUUUCUUCCCUAAGGACGGGUUGGGCCCGAAAAUCCGGCCCGUUUGACGGCGGUCCGGGCUCAGUCCGGUCCCUAAUGCCUAAAAGUGAAGGCUCGGCCCGAACUAGUGAUGCCGGUUUCGGUCCUGGUCCCUGGAAAAAGGGUGUCGGUCUGGGACCGUGCCUAGCCCUAAGUAAAAGGAGAUUCAAAGAUCUUGAUUGAUAAUAUCAACAAGAAAACCAGUCCCUCUUGGCGUCUCUCCAUGACAUUGCUGCUCUUGCUUCAAGAUUUAGUCAAAAUUUAUUCAAGCACAUUUGGAGAGAAGCAGACUUACUUAUGGACUUGCUAUUUCAGCCUUUUGAUGCAUUCUACUACAAUUUCCCGUUACAGCUUCAACUGUCUUAUAUCAUGAUUUAUUGUGCUCAAGUUAUAUUAGAGGAGACUGUUUGUAACUUUAAUUUUACUCAUCAAAAAAAAACAAAACUUUAAUUUUAUUUCUUCAAUCAAACAAGAAAAGAAAAGAAAAAAAAAAUUGGAGAAUGCUCUUGCAGGGGGACUAGUUGUUGACCUGGAGCCUAUAUAUAUAUAUAUAUAUAUAUAUAAAACCCGAAGCUGAGCAACCAGUUACCAUUGAAAGUAAAUCCCCUAGGCCCUAGCUAUGAAAUUGAAUCUCAGUUUCCAACAAAUCCAGCUUCAUUUCGCUUCCUUUAUGAAGUAGAAAUUCGAGGUCUACAAAUCUGAGGUACACCCAAUGUCUGAAACUUCUCUUUUUUUUUUCUUUCUCUAAUCUAGUUGGGUAAGACCAGCAAUGUUGUUGUGGUAGUUUUCUUUUUGGUUGAAUAUCAGUGACAUUAUAAUUUGGGUUUGAGUAAGAAUAUAGAUGUGUAAUCAGGAAGAUGAAGAACCCCCUAAUGGAAUUUUUGAUUUUCUUAGGUCUAUAAGCACCUCGAUCUGUUUGUUAUUUGAUUCGGUUUGUUUCUGUGUGGUACUGCAAAAUUUCUAUCUCGAUUUAGAGAAGAAACAAUCUAACAGAUUAAAAAGGCCCCCUUUUCAAUGUCUAAGACUGUUUGCUUGCCAACUCUGUUAUUUCCAGCAACACAUGUGAUGGACUUGUUAAGGUGUAUAUAUGAAGACUAGCUUCCUUUUAGCAAUUUUGAGAUUUAUGUUGAACCCAUUAUUGUUCUUUUCUUUUCGUUGAUUUGUGCUUGAACUUUUCAAUAGAAAAUGGAAUCUCAUAAGAUUCUCUUUAGUUGCAUUUUCUUGGAUUGCAACUUUGUGUAUAGUACUCUCUGGUUAUUCUGGUGACUUUUUGUCUUUAGACUAACUGACACUUAUUUCAUUGAUAGAUUUUCAGAUAUCCAAUUUGAAGAAGACUGUUCUAUUAAAUAGGGAUUUGUGGAUGGACACCAAACAGUUAUUCAAUCCUCUCUUUUUCAAAGAGAUGAGACACUUUGGGAAUUUUUUUCGAGCAUUUCGAAGCACAUUUUUCUCAUUUUCAUUCUUGGAAUGGGAGGCGUUGGUAAGAGAAACAACAUGCAAGUUCACACAGUUUUGGUUGUGUGAGAUAACAAAUAUUAUGCAACCAAUGAGAGGGCGGGUGGGAGACUCAACAGACCUAGUCAAAUGGUGUCUUCCGCAACUACACAUCAAAAUGCAACAAAUGGACAUUUCAGAAAUUGAGCCUGGUAUAAGUAUCCAGCUGGAGAAAAGAGGCAAGAAAGAAAAUGAAGGACAUGGUGAAGAAAAUGAAGAACAAGGUGUAGAGAAACCUGCCCAAGGACAAAACAAGAGAAUUAAUGAAACAAUUAUGAGAAGGAAAGAACAAAGAAGAAAGCUCUAUGAUGACAAUGUUAAGGAGUUCCCUUCUGAUGGAUAUUUUAAACCUGCUCAAAGGUGGGAUGAGGAGACCCUGCAUUUGCAUAUUGCCAAGAGCUGUCCAAUACCUUAUGUUCAUGUAGAAGGAAAUGUUAAAGUUCUGAAGCAAUUGGAUGAUUUGAAGAUUGCAAGCAACUUCACAAGAUCAGUGCUUUAACAGAUAAUCUUGUUCCAGAUAUUGUUAUGGAAGAGUCCACAUGAGCUCGGGUUUGCUCCCUUGUGAUAUAUGAUAUAUGCACAAGGGACAUAUAAUCGUGUUCCAGAUAUUGCUAUGGAAGAAUGCACACAAGAAAAACAAUUUUGUUCCAGAUAUUGGUAUGGAAGAAUCCACAAAACUUCGGGGUUUGCUCUCCACACAAGGGGAAUACAUCAAAAUGCAACAAAUCAAAUUGUAAACGCCAUCAAACUUGUGUUACUGUUUGGGUAAUGAUAUUUCUAUAUUUGCCAUA